AUGGACACGCCUAUCAUCCCCUUACCUCAGGAUGCACGGGAGCAGGAGGUCAUGGAGCGCCUCGCGGCCAUCCGUGACCAGCUUCUUCUCCUCAAACAGGACCGGACAAAAUACAUCAGGUCCCAGGAUGUCAUUGGAUUAUACGAGAAAACCAUCGAGGAAAUCCGCAAGGUCAAUGAGAUCCGUGGGGACGCCAAGGACCAGGAGGGCGAGAACCGCCUCGACAAGAUCAUCGAGAGCUGCUUCCAGCUCGUGUCGCUCUUCUUCAUGACGAUAGGGAGGACGAAUGAGGCACCCGCGGCAUACUCCCUGACCUCGACCAUCAAGCGCCUACUAAAGCACCUCACGGAAGCGAACCUGUUCUCUGCGAAGGAUCUGGACAGCAUGGCCAAGACGCUAGAACAGCUUUCGAGGACUGUCAACGAUGCGGACGCGAGGCACUCCCCGUACCUACUCAAAUUGCUGUCAAAGAGGGUCGAGCUGUGCCAGACAUCGCUUGCGACAUUGCAGAAGAAAUUGGACGACCUGGACGACACGUUGCUUGCUGUGCACGAGAAGAUCAUCUCGAUCCUUAGGUCCCUAUCAUUGGCAAAUACCAAGGCCAAAUUCAACACUUCUGAAGUUACAAAGCUUCAGGCUCAACUGAAAGAUAUUGAUGCACAGCGGCAGGACGGGAAGUUCCUCGGCGCAGACGGCCAAGUUGCCAAGGGUAGCGAUGAGGUUUCUGAGCUCCUGAGGCGAGUUCUCUUGUGGUCCGACAUCGUGCUGGAGAGGAAAGGCGUCAUGCCGGAGCAGUGGAGGAGUGUCUACGAUGUCUUAAUCGGCAUUCGCAAUGAUCUCGACAAAUUUUCCAUCACACCAGCGUGGUCGCUGAGAGAAACAGAUCUCUACGACUACCAGCGGCAACUCGACAAAAUUGACGAGGCCAGAGUAGACGGCAACUGGCUGGACGACGAAGGCAAGCCGGCGGAGCUCUAUGUGCAGAGGACGUUGUUGUAUUUGAUUCGGCGAAGCUACGGCUACAUCUACCACCUCAUGGUACUUUCGGAGCCAGUGUCAGAAGCAUUGCUACCAGUUUACAACCAAUUGUCGACCCUGAAGCGGUGUCUGCUUGAAGUCAAGAACUCGGGAGGCGGAAGCUCAGUGCGAGAGUUGUACCCCUACAGCAUGAAGCUUAAUUCCAUUGACAACAUGCGCACCGACGGGAAGUUCGAGAUCAAUGGCGACAUCCCAGAAGGACAAGCAGCAGUGGCCGACCUUCUUGCGGAGUGCUUCGAGCUCAACUAUGAAUUGCGAGUGGAUGCAGAAUCGCGCGCCGAAGCAACUGAGAACACUGAGCCAUAA